UUUAGGUGGCUCCCAGGGACUCUUAGUUGACUCCUAGACCUCCCAAGCACUUGGCUAUGGUUGGUGUCAACAAGUUGACGCGAGGUGGUGGCCGCCUCAUUCCCAUGCAAGGGAUGCAGCGGAAUGACGAGAGAGUGCCAACGAAACUGCCGCCAGCGUUUGGAGUGUCAUUCAACCUGAGCUGCUGGGUGCAACAUGAAGGAGCAGGAACAGGCUCUGGCAGCCGGCCACAACAGCAGCCAGCAGCACGAAAGAGAGCUAAGGAAAGUUGUAACAACAGUGACAGCAACAGGAGAUACUGCUGUAGCAGGAAUAUAAAGAACCAGACCAAGAUGACCAGGUCUUCUAUCAGUGAUACAAGGAUAGCAACCAGACAGCAACGAGCGAGUCAACAUAGACUGCAGAUUAGAACAGGAGCGGCUCCUGUUGCUAGUCCAGCAAGACCAGCAACGAGAUUAAAUAGAUUGAGAUGGAGACGGAAACGGACAGUGGCAAGAGCAGUCCGUCUGGCAAGACAGAGCAGGAAUGCUCAACCCGAGGGGCUUCCCAAUGGAGACAGCGUGGCCACGGUAGAGCCUACCCCAAGAUCAACCACGACAACAGUUUCAUCAGCAACCCCAAGGAACUCUUCUGCAGCUGUGAGGAGCUCAUGUCGAGUCAGAACACGGACUGCCACAACUGCACUGCAGGGGGCCGGUGUGACUGGAACCUCUGUCGCUUUCAAAGGCCCUGGCUUCACUUUCCGAUUGACAUCCUCAGGAACUGGCACUGCCACUACUAAUGUGUCAGACAUGUCCCCCAUUGGUGCACCCAGGAACGUGGACCUGGGCCGACCAUCACGGCCUAUCGACGUGGACAACGAAGAUGAUAUGUGGCAAAUCCGCUCUUCAAGGAUGACACAAUCAAGGCUGCGGUCUGGAGUGCGCUUCACGCCUGUGUGCAUAUAUCCACCAAGUGCUUUCAGGCGAAGGGUCCGGUUUCUUUCUGCAAAUAUGCACACUGGCAUAUCCUCCGGAAUGUCUCUUCCGGUGGCAGUUGCGAUAGACGUACAGGGUCUACAAACUCCAAAUUUGUCAGGACCAAUUGAUCUUUCCUCUCCAAGUUCAUCAGAUCAAAACGGGUCACUAAAUGACUGCUUCAUCAUCAAGCAAAGGCCAGCCUUUGCGAAGAGAAGGGUACUGGACUCAUCUUCUGGGGUGAACACAGGGAUCGAGGUUGUUGGUUAUGAUUCUGCGGAGCCUGAAAAUAAUGUCAGUGAAGAAGGGGCAGAGCGGUCAGUGCAAAGCAUAUUGUGCAACGUCUGCAUGGAAGCCCUCAAGGACGCAACAUCAACAAAUUGCGGUCACAUCUUUUGCCGCCUGUGUAUCACAGAGGCAAUCAAGGCCCAGAAGAAGUGCCCAACAUGCCGCAAGCGUUUAACAGCUGCACAAACACACAGGAUAUAUAUCUGAUCAUCUGACAUGUACAAGAAACUGCAACAGUCCGACAACGAAAAGUCGUUGAGAGAGGGAAUAAAAGCACGGAAAAGGACACGUCCCUGAUUGGCAAACCGUGUCGUGCAGAAGAGAAGGGUACUGGACUCGUCUUCUGGUGUGAACACAGGGAUCGGGGUUGUUGGUUAUGAUUCUGCGGAGCCUGAAAAUAAUGUCAGUGAAGAAGGGGCAGAGCAGUCAGUGCAAAGCAUAUUGUGCAACGUCUGCAUGGAAGCCCUCAAGGACGCAACAUCGACAAAUUGCGGUCACAUCUUUUGCCGCCUGUGUAUCACAGAGGCAAUCCAGGCCCAGAAGAAAUGCCCAACAUGCCGCAAGCGUUUAACAGCUGCACAAACACACAGGAUAUAUAUCUGAUCAUCUGACAUGUACAAGAAACUGCAACAGUCUGAAGAGGAAAAGUCGUCGAGAGAGGGAAGAAAAAAAGCAAGGAAAAGGACACGUCCCUGGCGGGCGUGGUCAUUACCGGGUUCAGAUCACCCAGUUAUUUCCUUGAUCAGGUGAUAUGUAGAAGAAUUGAAAGAGGAAGAGUCACAGAAACAGGGUGUGGGAAAUAAGGAGAAGGAUAUUCCCAGGAGGAUGUGGUCAUUACCGGGUUCCCAGUCACUCAGUUAUUCCCUUGGUUGGGUCACCCAGAUUGGCAUUGUGCUACUCCAUGUUUUUCUGCUCCUGUCCAUGCUGUUGUUGUGGUCUUGUCUUUGCUUGCUCAUUGCCGUCCCCUUAUCAACCAGGUUACAAUGUUGUUAUCCAAGUAUAGAAUACAAGAAUGGCAACUAAUUGUUGUUGUUGUUGCUCCAUGCUAAUGUCGACCAUAUCCCGCACUCUCGUCUUUGGCUCACCGAUGGCUUGCUUUGUCAGUCUUCUGUUCACCCAAUGCACUCGUUUGCAAAGUUGUCUAUGAUAUGCUAGAGUGGGAAGGAAUGGCAUGCAAGGACUUCUGUCGGACAUUCACGGCAGACCUGUACCUGAAAAUGUAGGGGCAUUGAAAUAGCCCCAGGCCAUUGAUUGAGCACAAGAUUGCAUCCCAAGAGUUUC